CAUUUUAUUUCUUAAAUUAUUUAUUCUUCUCGUAAAUUUGAGAGUAGGAUAGUAGUAUUGUUGACAAGGUUAGAUUUAUUAUGAUGGCUUUGAGGAAGAAAUCAUAUUUAUGGAUAAAUGUUUUGGGAGAGUGGGGUGGGCUUCGUUUUUACAGUUCUAAAUUCGACUUGAAGAAGCUGAGACCCAUGAUUCUUAAGAGAAUUGAAAAUCGUGCCAAGGACUAUCCGGUUCGAGGCAUGGUCCCUGUUGCACUGGAAGUUCUUAAAGCCAGAGCUCUAUUGAUUCAAGGCAUCUCCACCCUUAUGAAACUUGUUCCUGUUCAGGCUUGCAAGUUCUGUCCAGAAGUAUAUAUUGGAGAGAAAGGUCACUUGAUUCAAACUUGUCAUGGUUACAGGCGCCGAGCCAAGAAUCGGGUUCAUGAAUGGGUCAGUGGUGGUUUGAAUGAUGUACUUGUUCCAGUGGAAACAUUUCACCUGCAGAGAAUGUUUCAACCUGUGAUACAGCACAACCAACGGUUUGAUUUUGAUCGUGUUCCUGCUGUUGUUGAGCUAUGCUGGCAGGCAGGGGCUGACCCCAACGAUGAAGAUUUCCACACCAGUGCUGGUAACUCUGAUCGUCCCAUUAGAGGGGUUAAUGAAGUAGAGUCUUUAUCACCCGAAGAUCUGUCAUUGAUAGCCAAUGGAACCUUAAAGGCAUGGGAGACAGUUAGAUCUGGUGUUGAGAGAUUGUUGUUGGUUUACCCAGCAAAAGUUUGUAAGCAUUGCUCAGAAGUUCAUGUUGGGCCGUCUGGGCACAAGGCUCGGCUCUGUGGAGUGUUUAAAUAUGAAAGCUGGCGAGGAACACACUUUUGGAAGAAGGCAGAAGUAGAUGAUUUGGUGCCUCGGAAGAUUGUUUGGCGGCGACGGCCUCAGGAUCCCCCUGUACUUUUGAAUGAGGGACGGGACUACUAUGGGCAUGCACCAGCAGUGGUGGAUCUGUGCACACAGGCUGGUGCAAUUAUUCCAGCUAAGUAUUUUUGUAUGAUGAAGGUGAAAGGUCUACCAGCAACUGUUUGA